ACCAAGGUGCAACCCAAACAUGACUCACAGGUUGCAGCAGUUGUCAACAAUGCUCAACAGAACACAGGGCCACUGAACAAGAGUGACCCUUACCCUGUGAAAACCCAAAUCCAGCUCACUCCUCAGCACAUGGCUCAAAACGUGGAACCCAACCAAGUGAAAACAGCUUUUGUUCGAGAAAAAGGAGGACUCCAUAAAGUCAUGGCCUUGGAUGUGACCCUGAAACCCCGGGAUGCCCGAGCAGUUGGCCAGUUUGGACAAGCCGCAGCUGUACCAAAGGACAAAGAGCAGGAGGUGCAGAACCGCUGGAACGAAGGUCAUUUUAAUGUGUACCUGAGUGAGCAGAUCCCUGUUGACAGAUCAAUCCCAGACACCCGCCCUGCGUUAUGCUCUGAGAACAUGGUUCAUAAUAACCUGCCAACCACGAGUGUGAUCUUCUGCUUUGUGGACGAGGUGUGGUCCACAUUGCUGAGGUCAGUUCAUAGUGUGAUCAAUCGUUCACCACCCCACUUACUCAAGGAGAUCAUUCUGGUAGAUGACUGCAGCACGAAAGACUAUUUGAAGGAACCAUUAGAUGCCUACAUGGCCAAGUUUCCUAAGGUGCGGAUCAUCCGUUUGAAGGAGAGGGAGGGAUUGAUUAGAGCUCGGCUUGCUGGGGCUGCCCAGGCCACUGGUGAGGUGUUAACCUUCCUGGACUCUCACGUUGAGUGCAAUAUAGGCUGGUUGGAACCCCUGCUUGAAAGAGUUUACAUGGACAGAAGGAAAGUUGCCUGUCCGGUUAUUGAAGUCAUUAGUGACAAAGACAUGAGUUAUGUCCAGGUUGACAACUUCCAAAGAGGCAUUUUCAAAUGGCCCUUGGUCUUUGGGUGGAGCACCCUACAUGAAGAUGUCAUCAAGAAGAACCACAUGAAGGAUAGGGAUCCUCUCAGGUGUCCUGUUAUGGCAGGAGGUCUAUUCUCAAUUGAUAAGAAGUACUUUUAUGAGCUGGGAUCUUAUGACCCAGGCCUAGAUGUGUGGGGUGGUGAGAACAUGGAAAUUUCAUUCAAGAUUUGGAUGUGCGGAGGAGAAAUCGAGAUAAUCCCCUGCUCUAGAGUGGGUCAUAUCUUCCGCGGCCAGAACCCCUACAAGUUCCCCAAAGACCGACAGAAGACGGUGGAGCGCAACCUGGCCCGGGUGGCCGAGGUGUGGCUGGACGAGUACAAGGAGCUGUUCUACGGCCACGGCUACCACCACCUGCUGGACAAGUCCAUGAUCGACAUCGGGAACCUCACAGAGCAGAUUCAGCUCAGGCAGAAGCUCAAGUGCAAGAGCUUCAAGUGGUACUUGGACAACAUCUACCCAGACAUGGAUGCUCCGCUGGUCAAAGCAGAGGGACUGGUUUUCAAUCUCGGAACUAGAAAAUGUCUGGCGAUACAGAACAGAACCAUUGCUUUUGCAACCUGUGAUCUCAGCAACCAGAACCAGCACUUUAACUACACCUGGUUGAGGUUGAUCCGACAGCAGGGCCUAUGUGUGGUGCCGCAGGGCCUGGGUAACCCUGUCUCUCUGGAGCCAUGUGACAACACCAAAGCCCAGCAGCGCUGGAUGAUCAACACUAAUAAACUGCUGGCCGAGCACAUCAUUGUGGAGAGCACUCCCCGGCGUAUGUGUUUGGAGGCCAGCUCCAAAGGGGAUGGGAUCUACGUGAGGGACUGUUUCUCUGGCAGUGAUCUGCAGAGGUGGCAGUUCACACACUACUAUGCUCAGUGACUUUAAGGACUGCAUACAUACACUGGUGGAUCUCUCUGCCAACACAAAGAGAUGUCAUUUUUUUCUGUUGAGCCAUUUCCUCACUCUUACCAAAAGACAGUUUUCCGAUGUCAGUGAAGUAUGCACACUACUGGUAUAAUUACAUGGUGGUAAUAUUGGGUAAUGUUGGGACUGUGCAGUGUCCAUGCAGGCAUCUGCUUUUACUCCUCUCCCCGCAAUGGGAUGUUAUUCAAAGCAGGCUAUGGUCUGAGUGACCGCUUUUGUUUUCACAGAUUUUUUGGGGUCGGGGUCAACUUACUUCUUUUAGUGAAUUUUCACAAAUGUUUCACAAAUCUGUGGUAGUGAUUUUUUUUCAAGGGUUUACAUUUGAAAGCAAUAUUGUUUUUUAACAGUUCUCAAACAGGCAAACAUUUCUCUGAUGAAUAUAUAAGAACCGUUUGAGGGGUAGUGGUACUGGAACGUCUCUUUGGGAGAUGGUCUGCUAACAGAGAGAAGACCACAUACACUUCUCUGAAUCUCUCUGUCAAAAUCAAAAUGUUUACAGUGUGAGGAGUACACUUUCAGAAGGGUAGCUCUAUUAAACCAUAGUGCAGAUUU